CACAAUCAAACUUUUCAGCUAAUUGUUGUCUUUUAGCAAUUCAUAAAUUCGAAGUUCUUCCAAAACAUCAUAAAAAAUGAAUUCUUUUGAAGUACCAAGCUCAACAAUUGAUGAUUUGGACAUUUCCCAUUCCUUUGAAGACAAUGACGAACGAUACUUUUCCGAAGUUGUGGGCCAUAUAGAAGAAAUAAUUAUGAAUGAAAACUUUCAGAGCAUACAGCAAGACUUUAUGGAAAAGCAUUGGACUCAAUUUGAGGAUGACGAAGAAAACAGAUUAAUUUAUACUGACAUUUUUAAAGAAUACCAAAACACAGUGGAAAAAUACAUUGAGAAAAGUCUUUUGGAAAAAAUGCCCCAUUUUGAUCCAAAUAAAUUUGAUGAAGAACUUAGCAACAGGAAAUUUGAACUUGAGGGGGAAAUUUUUGAGAUGUUAUCAACUUUUUCCAAUUUUAUUUCGUUUAAAAAUAUGUUUAUUGAUUAUAAAAAAAUGAAGGAAGAAAAGUUGGCAGAACUUUCAUUCCAUAUAUCAGUUUUAAAGUACAAUUGAACCAAGAACACAGAAUGAUUAAACUUUAUUGAAUAAAAAAAUGUACAAAAUAAUUAAU